ACGUAUACAAGGUGCGCACGCGUGUGAAUGAAAAUUAUGGAGGGUGAGCAAGGGUGAGGAAUCGAAUGUACGUUAUUAUUCUGGUGGUGAUUCGAAGCGAAAAGUUGUGAGAGGUUUUAUCUCCGUUCGUCGCCGUUUCUCGAGCUGUCAAUCAGCUGAUUAGCUGUCACCGAAGCCCACUGAACGUCAGAAGAGAUUAAAUUGAAACCCGGAAGGAGUUAUUGUUGGACCCGGCUCUGUCCUUAAACGAUUGACCAACCGACCACUUCAUUCUCGAUCGAUUCGUCUUCUCCUGAACGCUCAUCGUCUACCUAAUCCACCAUGGAGGCUCUGAUCCCCGUCAUAAACAAGCUGCAGGAUGUAUUUAAUACCGUGGGUGCUACUGUGUUGCAGUUGCCGCAAAUCGUCGUCCUGGGCACGCAGAGCUCUGGAAAAUCAUCUGUAAUAGAGAGCUUAGUGGGACGCUCCUUUCUACCUCGAGGAACUGGUAUUGUCACACGACGUCCAUUAAUAUUACAACUUGUGUAUACACCAAGGGAUGAUCGAGAACAUAGAAGCGCAGAGAAUGGUACUCUGGAUUUGGAGGAAUGGGGAAUGUUUUUGCACACAAAGAACAAAAUCUACAAAGACUUCGAUGAUAUCCGUGCAGAGAUUGAAGCUGAAACUGACAGAAUGGCUGGUGCAAACAAAGGCAUCUGUCCAGAACCGAUUAAUCUUAAGAUUUACUCGACAUCGGUUGUUAAUCUGACACUCAUAGAUCUACCUGGUAUCACAAAGGUACCUGUCGGAGAUCAACCGGAAGACAUUGAGAAUCAGAUUCGUGAACUUGUAUUAAAAUACAUAUGUAGUCCUAACUCUAUAAUCCUAGCAGUGGUCACUGCCAAUACUGAUAUGGCUACAAGUGAAAGUUUGAAGUUAAGUAAAGAUGUUGAUCCAGAUGGCAGACGAACACUCGCUGUCGUUACAAAACUAGAUCUCAUGGAUGCUGGAACCGAUGCCAUAGAUAUUCUAUGUGGUAGAGUUAUCCCAGUUAAAUUGGGUAUUAUAGGCGUCGUUAAUCGCUCUCAGCAAGAUAUAAUGAAUAAUAAAAAUAUUCAGGAAGCACUGAAAGAUGAGGCCACAUUCUUGCAACGGAAAUAUCCAACAUUGGCAAACAGAAACGGGACUCCUUAUUUGGCGAAGACUCUUAAUCGUCUACUUAUGCAACAUAUUAGGGAUUGUUUACCUGAAUUGAAGAACAGAGUAAAUACGAUGAUCGCGCAGUAUCAAACCUUACUCAAUUCCUAUGGCGGAGACGUCGAGGACAAAAGUCAAACCUUGCUGCAAAUAAUCACGAAAUUUGCAAACAGUUACUGUGCUACGAUAGAAGGCACCGCAAGAAACAUAGAAACCACAGAGCUCUGUGGCGGCGCUCGUAUCUGCUAUAUAUUUCAUGAAACGUUUGGCAAAACGCUCGAUUCGAUUAAUCCAUUGGCGGAUCUCAGUAAAGUGGACAUACUGACUGCUAUUCGCAAUGCAACUGGUCCGAGACCAGCUCUUUUUGUACCAGAAGUUUCCUUCGAGUUAUUAGUCAAACGUCAAAUACGAAAAUUGGAAGAUCCUUCGUUACGGUGCGUGGAGCUUGUGCACGAAGAAAUGCAGAGCAUAAUACAGCAUUGUGGCACUGAGGUGCAGCAGGAGAUGCUGCGUUUCCCCAAACUGCACGAACGUAUUGUCGAUGUUGUUACACAAUUGCUACGUAGACGGCUCCCACAUACCAAUACAAUGGUAGAGAAUUUGGUGGCGAUAGAAUUGGCGUACAUUAACACUAAGCACCCCGAUUUUCAUAAAGAUGCAGCGUUCGUAUCGUCUUUACUGAAGGAUGCUGAUGUAGAUCACCUGAAGCACAACAAACGAUUAGGUUCAGCAUCCAAUACCAUAAUCACAAAUGACACAAUUGUAAAAAAGACAGUCAAUAAUCAAGAUGAGAACUCUGUUUCUGACCAGACUAAGGAACAACAAGGACAGCAAAAUCACUGGCUGUUAAGUAACUUAAUACUUCAUGGAAGAACAGAGUCGACUAGUUCGAUGGACGGUUCUCCGGUCAGGAUGCGCGAAAGUAGUAAUUCCCCGCAUCCAGCGAUUGUAUCAUCACCGCAACAAAAACCAGUAAAUCUACUCCCUGCAGUGCCAAUACAGACAUCCCGAAAGCUGAGCGAGCGCGAACAACGGGAUUGUGAUAUUAUUGAAAGGCUCAUAAGAUCAUACUUUUAUAUUGUACGAAAGUCCAUUCAAGAUAGUGUACCAAAGGCUGUUAUGCAUUUUCUAGUCAACCAUGUGAAAGAUAAUUUACAAAGUGAACUUGUCACACAUUUGUAUAAAUCAGAUCAGGCUGAGGUUCUGUUGGUUGAGAGCGAGCACAUUGCUGUUAGACGUAAAGAAACGGCAGACAUGCUUAAGGCAUUAACCUUAGCUGGUCACAUCAUUAGUGAAAUUAGGGAGACACACAUGUGGUAAUCGAACGCCUAAACCAUGGAAUUCUAGUUGAAUUUAGGUAUUACAUCUGUGUUUUAAUCAACUAAGUUAAAGUGUGUACUUUAACCGAUGUAUAUGAUGGACCACCGUAUGUACAUAAUUCUUAUUUUUCUCAUGCAAGUAAGGUAUAUAUGUAUCGCAAUUGAAGCAAUGGUCCUGAUAUAUUUCAUUACCUAAUUUUAUUGUACGAGCAUGAAGAAAGCACAUAAUAUCAUACAUAAAAUACGCAUUUAUGGCAACAUCGAAUUAUUGUUUGAUUUGCAAGGAUUUGUAUAGUUUAAGCUCGAUUUUCUAAUUAUCUACUAAUCGUUAAUAUAUACACUCUGACUUGUGUGAAAUAACUUUGUAAUAAUUUUUUUUUUUUUUUUUAUGUUUUAUUACACGGAAAUUAUAUGCUUCUUCAUCACUCUAAUCUUGCAUUGCCUUGCAUUGUUAAUGAUAAUGCACUUAAGGGUGAAGAACGUUGUGCUGCAAAUAUUUCCUGUUUUUCUAUGUUUAUAAAAAUAUUUUCUAAAAUAGCUGAAAGUAUACUCUUAUGCAGAUAUACAUUGCAACUUUUUACAAAGCUGUGUAAAAAGUAGGAAACUGACACAAAAAUUUAAGUAACUAUUUCGCUACUAUUUUAAAUAGUCUCAUUUACAGUAGUUAUUUAAUUAGUUGAUUUAAAUAAUCUAUUAAUAAUAAUUCAAUUAUAUAUUAUUUGUAAUAGUUUAUUGAAAAAGCUAUUUAAAUAACGAAUAGUCUAAAUGAUUAUUAUCAGCAGACUGAGAUUAUUAUAUAGAGAUCAAGCCUAAAGAAUUGUAACAUUGGACGAUACAUUGUUCCGUUUUAAUGCCUUCGAUAUUAGGUUCAACCAAGUUUUUCUCGACAAAAAAUGCGUGUUCGAAUAACAGAGGAAUCGCAUCCUUGUAAUUUCCCUGAUACAUCUUCGCGACAGCGUUUACUCUCUUCUGAAUCGAUUUACGAAGCUGUUUCUCGAGUUUUUUCACGUCGAUUGUCUUUUCGCAUCUGGCGCACUGUCGACUCGCCACAUCCUGCGAAACGUUUGCGCUCAUCACCGGGACAUCCGUCGGUCCGGAACACGCUGUACACUUGUAAUACAUCGUCUCAGGCAGCGGAAACUUCCAGUCUUGCGUGCAGGCGUCGCAUCCGCACAGGAAUCGAUACUUCUUCCACAAGAGCUCGCGUCUGGUCAAUCUGCACUCGCUGAGGAACUGAGGUCCGUAGCAAUCCAGCAAUUCGCAUCCUUUGUCGAUGAAGCGCAGCGCUCUGACCACGACUAUUCCUGAUAUCGCUUACCAUUGGGAUAAGAAUGGCGAACCACAUUGGGAUAACAACUGUGAUUGACGAGGCUGACCGUGGUGUAAAUCGCGCCGCCGAUAUUCCUGGGUUCCCAGACGCGUGUCGUCUCCCCGUGAACAUUUUCGACGAUCUCGUACGCGUUGCAAUUAAUCGCCUGCAAAUGGUGGAACAUAGCCACGGCCAGUGGAACGAACAUUUCCUUCGUACAGUCUUCUAGUUUAUUCAGGACGGAGAUGAGGCAUUUCGCGAGGAAGAUCGCCUGAAUCGCGCGAAUGAGAUUCGCGUUAGGUUCCAUGUCGGCGGAAUGAGUCUCCAGCUGGAAUACCGUUCGAUAAUCCAGAGGAUCGUACGUUUGCCUCGAGCCCGAUCUCGCGUAUUCCUUCUCAUCUUCUAUACUUCUUUGAUCACCGGCGUGAUAUCGGAAGAGAUCAGGAUGCAAACGUGCGCCGUUUCGCGAGGAUAACGCUUGUAAGACCGUCGUGCGAUAAGCUAGCAAGAGAUAAGAUGUUUGCUGGCGUCUGUCGUUCAAGACAUUCUCGAAGAAAUGAUCGAAUAUCGUGCACUCGUACUGAUGAUACGUCUCCCAAGCCUUCUCGCGGCACGUUUCCGUGCAGAAAGACACCUGAGGAACGCGAAACAAGAUUUAUAUUCGGAGGGAUGUACAUACAUUAUGUAGGCGUGUAAAUUCGCAGGAGGGCACACACAUGUGAAAAGAAAAAUUAAACAAAAAAAAAACUUGCAGGGACGAUGCUGAUAAUAUACAUGGUACAUGCAUGCGCUCUACUAACUGUUUGGCAAUUACGGCAUGGGAUUUUCACGGUGUCUUCUAACUUAAGUGUGGCAUGACAAUGCAAGCAAUUCCUGCCGAGAGCCGGUGCGUCUGUACUAAAGGAAAACGGCCGGUCGACAAUGAGUACAGCUCCCGGUCUGAUGUCUCUUGUAGCUACGAGAUGCCGGCCCCUGGCCUCGUCGGAACGCAGCUCGACGCUAUCCGGGCAGCUCGCGAGACGGUCGUGCGGCUUGCCGUCGACGACGGGCGUCUUCCCGAGCGACAGAGAGGAAGAGGAGAAGGACGAGGACGUUCUCCCGCCACGUUUCCUGGAGGACCUGUUUGUCUCUAAUUUCCGGGAGCACUCCCGUUCCAGCUGCAGGCACUCCUUUCUACGCUGCACCAAGUACCUGACGUUUCCCUCGGAGUCGUCAUAGAAACUCCCGGAAGCGCCAGCACGCACUCGCAAUCCCGAAGACAUCUCGCGUAUGCGCGCAGACGGUAGGAACGUCUGGCGCGUUCGCAGACCGCGUCCAGGAACACUCUGCCACUCGCACCGGCCGCAAACAGUGCUUUCGUGAGAAUGUUACACGUUCUAAGCUCCUCCGCGUGCUCAUCCCCAGGCUCCGUCGUUGUCGUCAUCGCCGCCGCCGCCGCCUUAAGCGAUCUCUCGUACAACCGCACUGCCUGCGCGUCGUCCUUACCCUGAUACGAGUCGCCCGGGUCUAGCCCCGCCACUUGGGGCAUUUCUACAAGCAUCUCGAUCAUUCCCCGUCUGUCGCCCGACCUGGACAAUUUCGCGAAGCGAGUCGCUAACGAUUCUCGCGACGCAAUUUCGUCGUGUACGCUACGACGAAAUUCGUCAAGUGAGACGGUUCUGUAACAGAAAGAGCGAAUGCGAUGUACGAGACGUGAAAUGAGUUCAAGUCGAAUAUUUGUUGUAAUUUAAUAAUCGAAUUUUUUUUUUAAGAAAAUUGUCAAGGCAAAAUAUAAUAGGUAUACUGCGAGAGAAAGAUAGCACUAUUUAUAUCUUGUGAACCUGAAGAAACGAUCAUCAGUUUACUAAAGUAAGAAAUUAUAAAAUGGAAAUAGAACGAUUAUCCAAGAAAUUUUUGAGGAAAUCGACGUCAUAUUGUGAUUAUUUUGUGCAAGGAUAUCUUCGAAAAUGCAUAUAAGAUUGUUCAGCAAGUUUUGUAUUUAAAUCAGGAAAGCUUUACAUAGCUCUCAGAAAAACAGAUAAAAGUAUUGUACUUAUUCAUUAUAUUUUUGAGUUUAUAUAUAUUUGUAAAAUUUAAAAAAAUGUUUAUUUGCUCUAGGAAUGUGUAUCUGAAAUAUCGUAUGUUAGUACUUUAUAACAUUGUCUUAAAAUAACACGUGCAAAUCGAGUCGGUUCAAAAUCUCGUGCGCUAAAUGCGCACAUUUGGAAUGCGUGACCCUAAUUUUUUGUAGACGAGUCUGUCGAGGACUUCCCUAUUGCUCUAAAUUUAUCGCUGUAAAUUUAAUCGCAGAAACCGAAAUAGAGCACGAGUCGAUCGUACACAGAAGAUGCAUUAUGUAGGCAAAUUAUAACGAGCGAACAUAUAAUGAAUUUUUAUCAUUGUUAACGGAAAAGAGAUAAUCUCGCGCCGAAUGUAAGUUUCAAUUGAAGCGAUUAUUAGCUCCUCUCUUCCGGAAAAAGCUGGCUUACCCCUUCUUCGUCAGAGACAUUUUGUUAUCGGGACAAAUAUUGUAUAUUUAAUGUAACAUUUACGGGAGCUCUGCUUGUGUGUCUGCGCGGAACGGAGAGACGAAUGCGACGGAAUCUAAAAUUAGGCUGACGAUUCGGCUUGUGCAUUUGUCCCCUCUUUCGUGUAACAAUUUAAUUUAGAAAAGGUCGAACGACAACAUCUCCCUGGUUUGUUCAAUAUAUAUUUUUUCGUUUUUCCGCGCACCGAUAGAAUGUACAAAUACGCUUGAUACUUAAUAAAGAAUUGUAUGUAAUUGUAAAA